CAAGUUUUACACACAACGAGGAAUGGGGAAGUUCACUAUUAAAAGAUUCGAGAAGUCAUUGUCGUCCGAUACUGGUGUCCUUUGAACCCGCUAAGCCGUAGUGUUAAGUAAGAUGGCAGGGUGGUUGGUUGUGUUGCUGACGGCACAGGUGUUAUCCACGUUGGUGUCUUCUUAUUCAUGUCCUUGUGAGGAUCAGUCGCUAUGCAACCAAAUCACCGAUGUAAAAGAGUUCGAGGUGUUCGUGUUUGAUGUUGGAGGAAAGCAGUGGAAAUCCUAUGACUGGUCAGUGGUAACAACAGUGGCAGCCUUCGGGAAAUUCGACCCAGAGCUCUUGUGUUUUGCCCAUUCUAAAGGAGCACGGCUUGUUUUGAAAGGUGAUGUCCCCCUUGAGGACAUUGUUGAUCCAACCAAUAGGACAGCUUGGAUAUCUGACCAACUUGACAUGGCGAAAAAGCAGUUCAUGGAUGGAAUCAAUAUCGACAUUGAGCAGGAAGUGCAGGAUGGGUCCCCCGAAUACUAUGCUCUGACUGCACUGGUCAAAGAGACUACAGAGGCUUUCCAUAAGGAGAUCCCAGGCUCCCAGGUGUCGUUUGAUGUGGCCUGGUCUCCAAAGUGUAUUGAUAAGAGGUGCUACAACUACAUAACCAUAGCUGAAUCAUGUGACCUUCUGUUUGUGAUGUCAUACGAUGAGCAGAGCCAGAUCUGGGGUGACUGCAUUGCAAUGGCAAAUGCGCCAUACAACCAAACACUGGCUGCUUAUACUGAUUACCUGAAGAUGAACAUUGACCCUAAAAAGCUUGUGAUGGGGGUUCCCUGGUAUGGAUAUGACUAUGCUUGUCUGGAAUUAACCCAGGAGGGUGUGUGCACAAUCCCCAAGGUUUCGUUCCGGGGUGCCCCAUGUAGUGACGCUGCUGGGAGGCAGAUCCCAUACAAGACGAUGAUGAGGCAAAUCAACAGCUCCACCUCUGGAAGACUGUGGGAUGAUGUACAGGGUGCUCCUUACUACAACUAUAAGGACGAUCAAGGACGAAUUCAUCAGGUGUGGUACGACGACCCGAAGAGCAUUUCUCAAAAGGCUGCCUAUGUGAAGGAACAAGGCCUGCGUGGUAUUGGCAUGUGGAACGGCAAUCUCCUAGACUACAGUGAUGACCCUGUAGCUGAGCAGCAAAGCAAGGAGAUGUGGAAUGCCCUGAAACCUGGGGCUGUGGGAAAGCUCUGAAUGACCAAGUACAUCCCAGAGCCUGGGCCCUUGUGCAAGUUAAUGAUGCAUUGUCUCAUGACGGGAUGAAUUACUGCGAAUUGGUUUUAUUCUGAAUGAGGGCAUUUGUCCUUGCCAUUAGAUUGGAUUGGUAAAUCUAUUAAAAUGCUGAUAGGAAUCGGGCUUCACCUUACAAGCAGUUGUAAUUUUUGGGGGAAAUUGUUCUGUUUGCACUGUUUUGAUUUUGUUUGUUAUUUAAAUGAUGAGAUGCACACCUAAUAGAAUGCAGUCAAUUUAGAUCAAGUUAUAUAGCAACUUUUCUAUUCAUUGUAUACAUGUUUUACUUCAAAAUUAGUUUUAAUGUUUUACUGGAAAUGAGAAAAUUGUUAAACUGAACAACAGACAGAAUCCUAUUAUUAAAAAAAAAAAUUAAAAAAAAA